UUUAAAAGGCGCCUGCCGGGGGAGGAUAAAAUCUAACAAUCGAACAAGUUGCAAACUGAAUCUUUGCAAGAAUCUCAUCUAUCCUACUGCUUCGAACUCCCAUUUCUAAGCUAUUAUUUUCCAUGAACGAGUAUCGCGAGAGCCUUCUCUUUUACGUCAACGGCGAGCGCCGCAUCAUCCAGUCGGGCUCCAUGGACAUGACGAUGUCGCUGGCCAACUAUCUCCGCAGCGAGGGACUGACCGGCACAAAGCUGGGCUGUAAUGAGGGUGUGUGCAGUGCCUGCACCGUCAUGCUGUCAAAGUUUGACACCGUCGAGAACAGGGUCGAGAACCUGGCCAUCAACAGCUGCUUGACACCACUGUAUGCGCUGGAUGGCAAGCACGUCACCACCAUCGAGGGCAUUGGCUCGCCGACCUACCCGCACCCAGUGCAGGAACGCAUCGCCCUGUUGCACGGCACGCAGUGCGGGUUCUGCUCGCCUGGGUUCUCAAUGUCGCUCUACGCUCUGCUCAGGAACAACCCGCACGAGCUGCCCACCGAGGCCGAGAUCGAGGAGUGCCUGGCUGGGAACCUGUGCCGCUGCACUGGCUACCGCCCCAUCCUGGAUGCGGCAAAGACGCUGGCGCGGGACAACCGCUGGAACCAGGGUGGUGCUGGCUGUGGUAGGGUUGAUUGCUGCAAGCUCAAGGCUGAGAAUGGCGCUUCCCCGUGUCAUGAAAAAAGCAAAUUCCGUCAAUACAACGCAUCUCAGGAGCUUAUUUUCCCUCCGGCGCUUGUCCGCUAUGCCAAAGCACAGAUCGACGGCGAUGCAGAGCAGUGCAUGGGGGGUUUGCGUCUUGCAUCAGCCUCUAGCACAACCCUUGUAUAUCGGCCUAUGACAAUGGGGGGCGUGCAAGACAUAUUCUCCAGACAUCACCACGCGGCACUUGUUGCUGGAAACACUGCAUUCCGCCUCCAGAGCUAUGCGGACCUGGCGAGGAGUCCACAUGUGUACAUUGGCGACAUUGUGGAGCUGCAGGAACUACAUCUUUCUAACGAGGGACAGGAGCUGGUUGUUGGUGGAUGUGUCACGCUGGCGCAACUGCUGCAAAAAGUCCAGACCAUUAACAGACUUGGUGCUCUGCGCGACUGUCUGGCACGUAUUGGCAACCCGCAUGUGCGCAAUGCGGCAACUGUGGGUGGCCACAUUGCCGCCAUACCCUCCUCAUCAGACCUUAUCCCUGUGCUGCUCGUUCUACACGCAGCGGUUAGCCUACAGCACGCUAUUUCGGGAGUGCAACGCACAGUCAGUCUGGAUAGAUACCUGCAUGAUGGUGCUGGUCUAGCCGACGGCGAGAUCAUCAUGCACAUACACAUCCCACUGAACUUGCCUUCAGCGGCAAGUGGUGCACUGGUGUUUGUUCACUCGCAGAAGCAGUCGAUGCGCAAGGCUAAUGACUCAACAAUCGUGAGCUGUGGCAUGCGUGUGAGCAUCGACCCUGCUACAUUCAGGGUUCUGGAUGCAAGCUUCGUAUUUGCUGGUCUUGAACGAAGGCACUUUGUCGCCCAGGAGACAGCUAGCUUGGCCCAUGGAGCGGACUGGUCAGACAGCGGCUUUAUCAACAGCACACUGCUUGAGACGUGUGCACAAGAGGCCGCAUCAGCAUUAGCUGACAAUGUCGACAGGCCCAAGUACCGCGUAUCACUUGCUGCCAGCCUGCUGUACCAGUUCUGGAUGGCAUCGUGCAAGGAAUUUGGCAUUGACCAUGGGCUCGGACCACGCAUUCCAGACGACUAUUUGGCGUACACGCAGCCCAGGUCCAUGAUCUCAGAACAGGCAUUUGUACCAGUUGAGGAGAAAGCGAUCAUCGGUAAGGGCGAGCCGCACCUAUCGGCGCUCAAGCACACAACUGGACAGGCAGUAUAUGUUGACGACAUGCCACCAGUCCACGGUGAGCUCUCUGUUGGUUUGGUGCUGUCGACACGCUCGCACGCCCGAAUCCUGUCGAUUGACCCAUCGCCAGCACUGGGCAUGGAGGGUGUCUAUCCCAAGCUGUUCACUGCCUCUGAUAUACCUGGCAAAAAUGUCUGGAACCUUUGGCAGGACGAGGAAAUCCUCGCAUCCAAGGAAGUGCAUUUUCACGGCCAGAUUAUUGCCGCUGUUGCCGCCAAAGACCGCGAGACUGCUAGACGCGCCGCAGCCGCUGUUGUGAUCGAGUACGAGGACCUCCCUGCAAUCUACUCGAUCGACCAGGCCAUCGAACAAGAGUCGUUCUUUGAGGAAGUCAGCGAGAUUGAGUGUGGGGAUGUCGAGGCUGCGUUUGCCAGCGCUGAUUAUGUAUUCGAAGGAGAGGCGCGGUGCGGCGCUCAGGAGCAUCUGUAUAUGGAGCCGCAAGCGUUUCUGGUUGUCCCAAAGGGCGAGGAUGACGAGUACGAUGUUUUUGCGACCACCCAGUCAUUGCAGAGUUCGCAGCUUACAGUUGCAUCAGCGCUUGGUGUUCCGGCUAACCGCAUUGCCUGCCGUGCUAAGCGUCUUGGCGGAGGAUUCGGAGGCAAGGACGGCGUCCCUGCGCAUUAUGCAUCCAUUGCUGCGAUUGUAGCGCAAGGUACCAAGAAGGCUGCUCGUCUAGUGCUCCCGCGUGACCAGGAUAUGAAGACCACAGGCCACAGGCAUCCGUUUUUGGGCAAAUGGAAGGUUGGCGUAAUGCAGGAUGGCCGUAUUGUCGGACAUAAAGUGGAGGCCUUCAGUAACGGUGGUCAUUCGCACGACUACUCGGUUUUGGUCAUGCGUGCUUGUCUGUCGUCGCUUGAUGGCUGCUACUACAGCCCCAAUUCGCAUUUUAUUGGGAAAGUGUGCAGGACUAACAUCACCAGCAUGACUGCAUUCAGGGGGUUCGGCAUGUGUCAGUCCGAGUACAUUACCGAGUCGAUGAUGACUGAGGUCGCUGAGAGGCUGGGUAUGGAUGCCGACUUGUUCCACCGAAUCAAUUUGUACAAGGAGGGUGACCUGAAUCCAUCAGGACACCCUAUGCACGACUGGACGGUGCCGCAAAUGUUUGACGAGAUCCAACAGUCGGCCGAGUACGUGAAGCGCAAAGUUGCCGUCGACGAGUACAACAAGCAGUCGAUGUUCAGAAAGCGAGGUAUUGCACUGGUCCCAACCAAACACGGUAUUACCAAUGGUAUCCGCGAGAUGCUCGAAGCAGCAGCGCUGGUACACAUACACCUCGACGGCAGUGUCAUGGUGCACCACCAUGGCGUGGAAAUGGGUCAGGGACUGCACACCAAGAUGGCCAUGAUUGCAGCAGAUACCCUGGGUGUACCGCUGAGCUCAGUGUAUAUACCAGGUUCAUCUACGGAGGUUCUCGCAAAUCCAACGCCAUCGUCCGCAUCGAUUUCGACAGACCUCAAUGGUGGCGCUGUUCUGAAGGCAUGUAAAGCCUUGGCCAGCCGUCUACAGCCAUAUCGCGAACGCAUGCCUAACAGCGACUUCUCAGCUGUGGUCAGAGCCGCAUUCGCUGACCAGGUUGACCUGUCUGAGCGGGCAUUCUUCAACAUUGACACGAUCCCCGAGGAUUUUGCCAACAAGCGUGGUUUCAACUUCAACUACUUCACUCAAGGCGUGGCGAUUGCCGAGGUGGAGCUGGACACAUUGACCGGAGCCCACACUGCCCACCGUGUCGACAUACUCAUGGAUGUCGGUCGCUCGCUCAACAAGGCUGUGGAUAUUGGGCAAAUUGAAGGCGCAUUCAUGCAGGGCGUUGGAUGGUGCACGACCGAAGAGCUGAUGCUUGACACUUCCAGUGGUGCGCUGAGUACUAACCGCCUGGGUCUGUACCGGGUGCCUACAUGCAUGGAUAUCCCGCGUGAUUUCCGUGUGGCGAUUCUGGAAGGCGUCGAGUACAAGCAUCUGAACAACAUCCAUUCGUCACGAGCUGUGGGCGAGCCGCCCCUGUUCCUUGGCUCGUCAGUGUUCUUUGGGCUGCGGGAGGCGGUCAAGGCGGCUAGAGUCAGUCACGGUACCCUGCACAUGGAUAUCCCAGCUACAGUCGAAACACUGCGCAUGGCUUGUGACGAUGGCAUCACCACCAUUGCUGACAAACUCGAGGAGCAGGGAAAACUGGCAAAGCCUACUAUUCAGCGCAUUUAGUCGCGCCACAGUCUGCGUAUGCUGGAAAUCGCCAGUGGAUGUGUGGUUAAUAAAUACCAAAGAUAUAGUAGCAAGCAGUCUGGCUGCGCCUGACAUUUUGUCUGCAAGUAGCAGUCACCAAGACGAGCCUGAAUG